AGUAUUUUUCAAUUGAACCCGGCAAUUUUAUUUUGACAUUUGGUUCAUUGUAAAUUGUGAUUUUUGUUGAACCUGUUUGUAAAAUAAGAAGUUUUUAAUAUCUAAUUUAUUGCUUUCACUCUAUCAUUUGGCUAUGGCAUCACCGUCUGUAGUCACUAACGCAGUCAAAAAAGCACUAUUAUCAGAACCAGCUUCUUCUCCAGUAUGCAUUAUCGUACUUGGAAUGGCCGGUUCUGGAAAAACAACUUUCGUCCAAAAACUUACGCAGUUGUCAUUUCAGCACUUUAAGCCAUAUGUUAUUAAUCUUGAUCCAGCAUGUCGAGAAACACCUUAUCAUCCCAAUAUAGAUAUAAGAGACACAGUUAAUUAUAAACAAGUUAUGAAGCAAUACAAACUUGGUCCAAAUGGUGGUAUCGUCACAUCCCUCAAUUUGUUUGCCACCAAAUUCGAAAAAGUCGUGGAACUAAUCAAACGCGCAGGGGAACAAGGUCAUAAAUGGUGCAUAAUCGACACCCCAGGGCAGAUUGAGGUUUUUACAUGGUCUGCGUCGGGCACAAUUAUCACCGAAGCUCUUGCAACGGGAUUCCCCACAAUUGUUGUUUACGUGAUGGAUGUUGUAAGAUCCACCAGCCCUACAACGUUCAUGUCAAAUAUGUUGUAUGCUUGUUCAAUUCUGUACAAAGCAAGGCUACCAUUCAUUGUCGCAUUAAAUAAGAUUGACGCACAAGAUCAUGACUUUGCAUUGGAGUGGAUGCAAGAUUUUGAAGUUUUUCAAGAAGCUCUAGAAAAGGAACAGUCGUAUGUAAGUAAUCUUACCCGCACUAUGUCAUUAACUCUGGAUGAAUUUUACAAAGAUUUGAAAGCUUGUGGAGUUUCUUCGAAAACAGGAAUCGGAUUUGAUAAAUUCUUUGACCUCAUAGUGGAAGGAGCGAAAGAAUACGAAGAGGACUACAAAGCUGAAUACAACAAGUUGCGCUUGAAAAAACUAGAAGAAGAGGAAGCAGAAUCUAAACAAAAACUUAACCUUAUUGCUUCGAGUACAGGCGCUGGCUCUGAAGUGCCUCUUAGUUCCUUCAUUGAAGAGGUUUCUGUGGGGCGUAACCUGUCAGAUAUAUACCUCAAACAUCCUGGCAACGAAAGCUCUGAAGACGAAGAUGGCAACGAGGAAAAACCUAUUGGUUUUGGCGAUGAUGAAAUGGAGGAGCAAAACUUCAACCAAUUUAUUGCUCAACGUAAAACUUCGCAACAAGAAAAACACAAUAAAACAAAUACAACUUGAGCUAUAAUUUUUAA